AUGGCUGUGUCUCUGGGUUGCGCAAUCCAGUCUUCCCUGAAUCAUGGCUCCACGCUCAAGCAGUAUGAUACCGACUGCGAAGUCUUCCGUCAGCGCUUCAGGCAGUUCCAAUACCAGCAAGCUGCUGGGCCUCGUGAGGUUUUUAACAACCUCUGGGAGCUUUGCUCCCGGUGGCUGAUGCCAGCCAUUCGUUCUAAGGAGGAAAUCGUGGAGCUGCUGGUGCUGGAGCAGUUCCUAAAUAUCCUGCCCACCAAGAUAGAGACCUGGGUGAGGCUCAGUCAGCCAGAGAACAGGGAAAGGGUGCUGGCGCUGGUAGAAGACUUACAGAGAGAACUUGACAUGCCACAACAGCAGGUGAAUAGUGAGGAAAUGCCCUUGGAGGAACUUGCACCAGUGGCAACCUCAUACAUACCCGUAAACACCCAGCUGAAGCCACUUGAGCCCCAGAUCCUGGACCUUUCCCAGGAGGCCACAAUGCCAGAGAUGUUGAUCCCACAGACUUGGCCACAGACCCUGAUCCCUGAUGCCAUGGGGCAAUAUUCACCCUUUGAAGGGCCAGGAGCAAAUCCUGAAAGCUAUAAUGUACAAGCACUUGUCACCCCAAGGUCCAGAGAAGAAAAGAGUGUAGGUGAGAAAGCUCACAAGUGUUCUCAUUGUGAUAAAGCUUUCAGGAAGAUGUCCCAACUUAAAAGACACCUGAUAAUUCAUUCAAGAGAGGUUCAUAAUUGCUCUGAGUGUGGGAAAAACUUCCUUCGUAAGUCAGACUUUCACAGACACCAGCGAGUUCACGUAAAGCCAAGGCCAAAGCCCCAUGAAUGUGCUGUGUGUAAAAUGCGAUUCAGUAGGCGGUCACACCUUCUAGGGCACCAGAAAGUUCAUUUGGUAGGAAAGACAUAUAAAUGCCCACAGUGUGAGAAAAGCUUUCGUCAUGCAUCUAGUCUUAGAAGACAUCUGAAAAUUCACACGAGUGAAAAAUCUCACAUCUGUGACAUUUGUGGGGAAGGCUUUUGCCAAGCAUCUCUUAAUGUUCACCAGAAAACUCACAGUGAAGAGAGACCUUUUAAAUGUAAUUGCUGUGAGAAAACCUUUAAACAGAGGGCAAGCCUUAAUGUUCACUCACGAAUUCAUUCAGGGGAGAAGCCAUAUGAGUGUAGCCACUGUUCUCAAAGCUUAAGGCACAGAGCAGCUCUUGUUAUGCACCAAGUCAGUAAUAUUUCUGGUGAGUUCUGUAGGAAUUAUUGA